GUGAAGCAGACAGGAUCAUUCAGUAGAAACAGUAAAGAGUGCAGAGCAACCAAGAGAUAACACAUCCAUCUAAUACAGAUUUAAUCAUAAUUUCAGGUUUACAGUCAAGACAUCCUUGCUUUGUGAGUUUGUCAUAAUUCAAUUGAAAGAUCAGUCUGAGUGGAAUUUUAAAGCUCACAAGGUAUUUUUAAAACCCAAGGAGUUUUUUCUCUCAGAGGUGGUUUGAGCAUCAGUGUCAGAAUGUGUUCAGGCAGUUUUGCCAAGUGUUUGGGGAUCACUCUGAUUCCUCUGUCGCUUGCCUGUGUGCUGUGCAACAUCCUGCUCUUCUUCCCCGGGGGGACAUCUGUGGACAGCGAGAACAUCACGGAUGAGGUCUGGUACUUUGGAGGCAUUCUGGGAUCUGGAGUGCUGAUGAUCUUCCCAGCUCUAGUCUUCCUUGGUCUGAAGAACAAUGAUUGCUGCGGUUGCUGUGGCAACGAAAGCUGUGGGCGGAGAUUUGCGAUGCUGAGCUCCUUACUGUUUGCAGCUGUGGGUGUUUUGGGGGGUGGUUACUCAGUUAUAGUUUCUGCUGUGGCCAUCAACUACGGCCCUCGGUGUCUGGUGGUCAUUGACGGCACAGAGCAAUGGGGCACUCCCUUCUUAGAUGGAUCCUACCUGUCCAACACAUCUUUGUGGUCCGAGUGUCUGAAGCCGGACGGCGUGGUUAGCUGGCAUCUGUCUCUGUUCUCUGUGCUGCUGGUUAUGGGUGUAAUCCAGGUGGCACUGUGUGCUGUGCAGGUGGUGAACGGCCUUCUGGGAGCUCUGUGUGGGGACUGCUGUAGGUGCAAUGAACAGCAUCAUAGACAUGAUCAUACACAUGAUCAUAGACAUCACUGAACGCAUCCUGCGGCAGGAAGAAGAGAGGAAAGUCUGGAGGCAGCUGCUUUUCCUGUAUUUAUUUAGUUUCUUGCUUUAUUUACUAUACGCUGCAGAAACUUGAGCUCAUUGAUUACAGUGUGUGAAUCUUCUAACAACACUGGUAAAAUGACAGAACUCAAUUUUGAAGGGUUUCCCAUCAAUGUGUAUCUGCUGCUAUUUUAUGGUUCUAAAAAAAUUCCACCACUAACCACCAUUAAUGCAUUUUCUCCUCCUAUAUCCUUUAUAUAGCAACAUAUAUAUCUAUAUAUAUUUGUAUCUCUAUGCCUUUUUAGUGAUAUUCUGUAGUGCAAUGGUAAUAUUCCAUUAAACAGUAAAUAAAGAUGCUAUUUUUAUAUACACAUGAAAAGUAAAUGGGAGAGGAUGGGA